AAAACCCACCCUGUAUUUUCAAAGUUAAAAGGAGUCGCUUGUGGCCGGAGGAUAUCACUUCACAGUUGUAAAGUUCAUUAGGAAGCUUCAAUACGCACUAAAAACAAUAGAAGAAAACGAGGGGUGGAUCAGGAUUUCGCCUGUUCAAAUAAUUCUUUGGAGCGGAGCUGAUGACAACUUCGAAACAGAAGCAAUUUCGUGUCUUUAUGUUUUAGAUGCUCUCAUAUGCUAAUUAUCAUUCGUGCACUUGGAUUGCCUGCUGCCUGCAUGAGGACUUGCCGCUAUGGUACUGCUACAGGUUCUUAUCAUCAGGUGCACACCAUCUGUUCUACAAAAUUCCCCAAAGAGCUAAGCAUGGCAAUGCACAUGAGGCACUGGAGGUUUUCUGUCAUAUAAAUGCAUCGGGUACAAAGCCAACUAGGUUCCUUCUUUGCACUGCUCUUAAUUCUUGUGCAAAAGCACUUAACUGGUGCCUUGGUCUGCAAAUUCAUUCCUACAUUGUUAGGACUGGGUAUGAAGAAAAUUUAAUUUUGAACAGUGCACUUGUUGAUUUAUAUGCUAAGUGUGGUGCAAUUGUUGCUGCAAGAAGGCUAUUUGAUGGCAUGAAAAAGCAUGAUCAAGUUUCUUGGACCUCAAUUAUAGCAGGGUUAUCCCAGAAUGGACAUGGAAGGGAAGCCAUUUCAAAAUUUCGGAAGAUGAUGUGUACUGACAUUAAACCGAAUUGUUUUACCUAUGCUAGUGCUAUUAGUGCAUCUACAGGGCUUGAAAAUCCAUUUGAGCAGACUGCAUUGCUCCAUGCUCAUGUUCUCAAACUUGGGUUUAAUACUAAUGGUUAUGUGGCCAGUGCUUUGGUUGAUAGUUACUCAAAGUGUGGACGGAUGGAUCCAGCUAUUCUGCUGUUUGAGGAGACUACAGAGUGGGAUAAUGUCCUACUCAAUUCCAUGAUAUCAGGGUAUUCUCAGAACCUAUGUGGUGAAGAAGCAUUGAAACUGUUUAUGAAGAUGAGGAAGGAGAAUCUCAGUCCAACUGAUCACUCUUUAACUAGCAUUUUGCAUGCCUGCAGUAGCCUAACUGUUCUACAACAAGGAAGACAGGUGCACUCUUUAGUUAUUAAAAUGGGCUCUGAACGCAAUGUGUUUGUAGUUACUGCUUUGAUUGACAUGUACUCCAAGUGUGGCUUUAUAGAUGAGGCUCAUGAAGUUUUCAAUCAAACAGUACAAAAGAAUAGUGUAUUAUGGACUUCAAUGAUCAUGGGUUAUGCUCAGAGUGGCAGGGCAUCAGAUGCUUUGCAACUCUUCAAGCAUUUGAUGAUCAGUGAAGACUACACACCAGAUCAUAUUUGCUUUACUGCUAUAUUGACUGCCUGCAAUCAUGCUGGGUUUCUGGACAAAGGGAUAGAAUAUUUCAACAAAAUGAGGGAUUAUGGGCUGGUUCCUGAGCUUGAUCAAUAUGCUUGCUUGGUAGACCUCUAUGCAAGAAAAGGGCACUUAAGAAAGGCAAGACAGUUGAUGGAGGAAAUGCCUUGUGAUCCCAAUCAUGUUAUGUGGAGUUCCUUUUUGAGUUCUUGCAAAGUUUAUGGGGAAGUAGAGCUCGGGAGGGAGGCUGCAGAUAAGCUUUUCCAGAUGGAACCACUUAAUGCAGCCCCAUACAUUACAAUGGCAAAUAUAUAUGCAGAAGCUGGUUUAUGGGCUGAAGUAGCUGAAAUUAGGAAGCUGAUGCAGCAGAAGGGAAUAAGGAAAAGUGCAGGUUGGAGUUGGGUAGAAAUAGAUAAGGGGGUUCAUGCUUUUUCAGUUGGUGAUGUAACUCACCCUCAGUCCCAGGAGAUCUAUGCAGAAUUGGAAAAACUGAACUUGGAUAUGAAAGAGGCAGGAUACAUGCUCGCUGAGCAAUAUGGGUUAGAGAAUACUGUGUUAACAAUGGAAGACUAGAAACUUCAAAUCUUUGAUACUUCCAGAAGCAGCAGGAUACAGAGAGUAAAUCACGUCUAUCCUAAGAACAAAAUAGAUAGCUAUCCAUCAGAAACCAUACAUAGGAAUUUCUUAAGCGUUGCACAUCACACACCAUACUUUUUGCACAUGAUUGAUUAGAUUCACAUUUCCACAUUUGCUGGCCUAUUAACUAAAUAUGUGAUGCCAACAUGAUUAACUAGUCUCCUUUCAUCUCUUUCUUGUUGGUGCUUAGGUUUGAUUUGAUCUGUUCUCCCUUUUGCCAUGACUUUAUGCCAAUCAUAUUCAUACCCAUUGUAUGAUGGACAACAAAAUGCAGCCCCAUGC